UCCUAAUGGCUUCUGAAUCUAAUGCUUAUAUAUAUCAGAAAGGUCUAAGUCAAGUAUGGCAAUUUUUUGAUCAUCUAGUUAAAGAAUCAGAAAAGAGAAAAGCCAAAUGCCAACUAUGUGUAGAAGACAAGUAUAUUGGUAUAAGCAACAGCGGAACUACAAAUCUACGUAAUCAUAUUACAAAAUUCCACAAAAUCAAUAUCUCAAAAGCUGCUGCUAGUUUAGAUUUCACUUCUCAGCUAGGUAAACAUAUUCUUCGAGAAUAG